AUGGAGGGAGAUGCAGCAGGAGGCGUGGAGGCUGGUGGCAUCAGACCGAUGGAGCUGAAGCCACAAACUGAGCAAAGUUCUGCAUUAGUGCUUAAAAAUAAAGUCUUUACAGAAGAGCUGCUCGCCGUCGGGUCCAGUCUAAACCUGAACCAGAUCAUAGCAGCUAAGUUGUCUGAUGCAACGUAUUUCUCUGUGUUUUCAGGGCAUAAACAUUCUCACAGUCACCAUGGAGACCAUAACCACAGCGAGCACGGCGGCGGAGAAACCACCAAGCACAUCACGGCAGCGUGGGUCGGCGGCUUCCUCGCCAUCACCAUCAUCAGUAUGCUCUCCCUGCUCGGCGUCGUCCUCAUCCCGCUCAUGAACAAAGUCUUCUUCAAGUUCCUCCUCAGCUUCCUGGUGGCGCUGGCUGUGGGAACGCUGAGCGGCGACGCCUUCCUGCACCUCAUACCUCACUCUCAGGGAAGCCAUCAGCACCAUCACCAUGAGGAGCCUGGUGUGGACCUCGAAGAACAUCACCUCCAUGAAGGAAAUGGGGAAAACCUGGAUGGCAUGUGGAAAGGCCUGACCGCUCUGGGAGGAGUCUACUUCAUGUUCCUGAUUGAACACUUCCUGACGCUGGGAAAAAUGUACAAAGACAAGAAACAGAAGAUCCAGAAGAAAUGGGACCAGAACGUUAAGUCAGAUCCAGAGAAGCAGCCCGCUCUGGAGGAGAGCGAGGUGAAGCCAAGUGAAGACGUGGAGACUAACGGCGCCAGCACGUUUGUCGACCACUCCAGCAGCGUGGCGGAGGAGGAGCAGGUGAUGUUGACGCCGCAGGUCUCCAUUGUCUCGCCGGAGAGCUAUGGCCAACCUUCAGGUGGCGCCGCAGGGUACUUAGCGGAGGACUGCGAGAACAAAUGCCACUCCCACUUCCAUGACACGGUGGGCCAGGCCGACAGCAUGCAUCACCAUCACCAUGACUACCACCACAUCCUGCAUCACCACCACUCCCAGAACCACCACCCGCACAGCCACUCCCACUCGUACUCGGAGCAGCACUUCCAGCAGGCCGGAGUGGCCACGCUCGCUUGGAUGGUCAUCAUGGGUGACGGGCUGCACAACUUCAGCGACGGCCUCGCCAUCGGAGCUGCCUUCACUGAGAGUCUGUCCAGUGGACUCAGUACGUCUGUGGCCGUUUUCUGCCAUGAGUUGCCUCAUGAGUUGGGUGACUUUGCGGUGCUCUUGAAGGCGGGCAUGACGGUGCGUCAGGCCAUCCUUUACAACGUGCUGUCGGCCAUGAUGGCCUACCUCGGCAUGGUGACGGGCAUUUUGAUCGGACACUACGCUGAAAACAUCUGCAUGUGGAUCUUCGCCCUCACAGCCGGGCUCUUCAUGUACGUGGCUCUUGUGGACAUGGUGCCAGAGAUGCUGCACAACGACGCCGGGGACAACGGCUUCAGCCACUGUGGCUUCUUCCUCCUGCAGAACGCCGGCAUCCUGCUGGGCUUCUGCAUCAUGCUGCUCAUCGCUAUGUUCGAGCAUAAAAUCCAGCUGGAUCUGGGAUACUGAGCGGGAAACCGUUUGUAUAUGUCGUUUACAUCCUCCAGUCGUCAUUGUGUUUUAGUUUACAUUUUCACAUCGUUUAGUUUAAAAAUAGCUGCAUGAACCCUGAAGGAAUCUUUGAUGCUGUUGAUGGAGCUUCUCAGUUUGGUUCAGAUGUUGCAGCUGGAGAUGAGUUGAGGAGGUGCCGUUCCUUUCUCCAAAUGGAGAUUGAACCUCAGCUCCAGAGUCUGGGAGUUUUUUCUGGGUCAACUUUUACUGUGAACCCGGUUCUUUUAACGAUACCCUCUGACCUUCAUCUUCUGAGUCAAUUAGUUUAGUUUUAUAUAGAAAUAUUUUUUUACGUUUUGCUGAGUCAAACCUGAUCAGUGUUACAACGAUACAACUUUCUACAUCACAGUUCCUCACAAAUGUUGUUCUGUGUAAAAUGUGAGGGGAGCUGCUGAGGAAGGUGGUUAAUAAUGAGUCGGGUCAUGAUUCGGUGCUGAAGGACAGGCAGAGUUUAGGUUAACUUGUUCUGAUUCUUUUAGAUUUCUGGUCAAUCAUUUUUACAAAAAAACUGUUUAUUUUCUCUAGCAGAGUUCUGCAGUGAAUUUAAAGCGUAACUCGGUGUUUCUGUUCAUGUUGAAUCUUCGUUUCUCAGCACUCCGACCAGAACCAAAGUUAAACAGGAGUGUGUUUAUAACACAGCUGCUCCUCUGAGGUGUUAAUAGGACGGUGUGGAGCCGAGCAGAAACGAGCUGCAGGGUUCAUCAGGUUCUGAAGCGUCGAAGAUGCUUGCAGCUCAGAAAGUGAUUCACAUAAAACUGAAGAGAAUUAAAGUGACAGAACUGCUAACUCAUACGAGCCACAGAAUCAACAUCCAGGGUUUGUUUCAGCUCGCUGGAACUUCUUCAGAGUCUGAAGGAUAAAGAAACGGCCAGACUGCUUUUAAAGCUCCGCUUUAUUAAAGUUGUUUCUGUAAGACGUCAGAAACAUGAAACAAGCUCAUGUUCCAGGAAGUGUCCUGAGUUCAUGCCUCAUCAUGGAGGUUGACUCCCAGGUUGUUACAGUAUGAGCUUGUCUAGAUAUGGUGCAGCUGCUUUUAUUUUGAAGGAAAGAUGCUGAUUUGGGUUUAAAUGUUCAGCCUUAUGUUCUGAUUCCUGUUGUUUGUAUUUAUGGGUGAAAGUUUAAAGCCAGUUUGAUUCUGUUGUAUAAUUUAUAGUUUUGCAUAUUUAAAAGAACAUAAAAAGAUGAGUGCUAUGAGUGUACGGUUCACUAAUAUUGGUCAGAAAUGCAGGGUUGAGUCGUAUGUUUGAUUUAUGAAGUCCUUCCUGGUUGGUUGGUUUCAUUUCGCCAAUUAAACAAACGGCAUCAAUCACUGAUCGCUCUGGGACAUACCCAGACUCUAACCAGAAUGACCUUUUAUUAUGAACUGCUGACCCAACAGCUGCUCUGUUCUCAUUGGCUGAUUUUGAUUCCCUGAGCAGGACUGAAAUAACCCAAUGAAGACCAAUCAGAACCGUCUUUUUCUCGGUAAGCAGAAUGCACCUUAAGUCCGUAGUCUUCAUCAGAGGAUCGUUUAAAACUGUUUCAUGUUUCAGACACAUCCAGACCAGAAAAGUUCAGCCAUGAUCUGAAGAGUUUCUUUGUUCUGUGGUUUCAGACUGAAGAAGGCGGCUCAUAGAAAUAAAAGUAGAAACGGAUCCCGCUGAUUCAGGCGGACUGAUCUGAUGUUUAGGUCAAAGUUUACUCACAGGUUGCUCACACCGUGACACUUGAACUCCACUGUGGAUCCAACAUGUACAACAUGAAACUGUAAAUACUUGCAUGUAACGUUAUGUACACACAUUUGUGAUGUUUCUGUAAAGUCUCCAUUAAGUUUCCACCUGAUCUGGUUCUGAAAUCUGGGAGAAGUGAUUCAAAGGCUUGGAAAACGUUGGAAUAAUAAAAUCCAUUAAACAUGGCA